AUGGCUGAUACCGGAGAUGGCCCGCCGACCUCCGUCAUCACUACCCCCUCCCCUUCAUACACCCCCGUUCUAUAUGCGCAAGCGGAGCUGACGGAUCACGAUCUUCUAGCACAACGACACCCGAACCUCCACCUCACUCCGGAGGAAAAGCGCGUCUUUUUCCAGCUCUUCCAGGCUGCUGAUACCACUAACCUCGGCGUCAUUACUGGCGAAAUCGCCGUUCCAUUCUUCGAGAAGACUCACCUAUCCCCGGAUACUCUCGGCCUGAUAUGGCAAAUUGCGGAUAAAGAGAACAGGGGUCUCCUGACCCCGUCAGGCUUCGGUAUUGUUCUGCGAUUAAUUGGACAUGCCCAGGCUGGCCGUACACCCUCCGACGAGUUGGCUCUGCAAAGUGGCCCUCUACCACGUUUUGACGGAAUUGUGGUGGAUACAGCGGCAAGCAUCCCGGAAUCGGGAACUAAAAGCCCUCCACCUGGAGCGAAUGGGCCUAUUCGUGUCCCUCCACUCCAGCCGGAUGACGCCAACAAAUUUGUUCAGCUGUUUGAGAAGUCGGACGUCAAGAAUGGGAUGAUCUCAGGCGAAGUCGCAAAACAGAUAUUCGAACGCGCCCGGCUUCCAAAUGAAGUUUUGGGUCGUAUCUGGUUCUUGUCUGACACUAAGCAGCGAGGUGCCUUGGAUGCCACAGAGUUUACCAUUGCCAUGCAUCUUCUGACCUCAUAUAAAUCUGGAGCCCUGCGCAACAUUCCAGCCACCCUUCCGCCAGGUCUGUACGAUGCGGCAGCUCGAAGGGGAUCCGCACGGGGGUCGUUUGGGUCGAGACCCAAUGUGCCCCCCAUCCCAGCCAUUCCUCAGCAAUUUACUGGCCCCCAGCGGACCGCAAGUCCUAUGAACCAAGCCAAUCGUAUGCCUUUUGGAGGUUCUCUUUCCGCUCAGGCCACUGGAGGUGACUGGUUGAUUACCCCACAAGAGAAGGCUCAGUUUGAUAGUAUUUUUGAGACUGUUGAUACAGCCAAGUUGGGGCUGAUUACUGGAGACCAAGCUGUUUCUUUCUUCAUGAAGGCCCAGCUCCCCGAAGAAACGCUUGCUCAAAUUUGGGACCUUGCGGAUAUCGACGCAGACGGCCAGCUGAGCCGGGACGAAUUUGCCGUGGCUAUGUACUUAGUGAGGAUGCAGCGUAGCGGCAAGGAGCCGUUGCCACAAGUAGUCCCUCCAGCGCUCAUCCCGCCCAGCAUGCGCCGCCAAGUGCCUGCACCAAUGGCAGCCCCCACUCCUCCCCCGGCGCCUGCGCCCGCUGUGCGCUCAGCUGCGGAUGAUUUGUUCGGCCUCGAUACGCCCGCACCGCCAUUCGCCCAGCCUCAGAUGCCUCAGUCUACUGGAGGUUCCAAUAACGCUUUCCAAACCCCAGGCUCGCCUUCUUCUAGAGCAUCCCCUCAGACGGCGUCGCACACCUUCAAGCCUUUUGUUCCAACUUCUACCUUUGGCCAGAGCUUGCAGCCACAGAUAACUGGUGCAUCGGCCGGAACCCCGGCAGGAGUUCGCUCCCCUCCGCCUCCAUCAGAUGAUCUCCUUGGUGACAAUGAUCCUGAAGAAUCGAACAAGUUGACUAAUGAGACUACGGAGCUCGCGAACUUGUCCAACCAAAUCGGCUCUCUGGCCAAGGAAAUGCACACCGUACAAGAGAAGAGGACCACUGCUGAACAAAGUAUUACACAGACUUCGCAGCAGAAGCGUGACUUCGAGGCACGUCUUGCACAAGCACGGUCGAUGUACGAGCAAGAAGUUACCAAUUUCAAGGCACUUGAGGAGCGCCUGAAGUCAUCCAAGGCAGAGACACAGAAGCUGCAGCAGCAAUAUGCAUUGCUGGAUGGCAGCCGUCAGGAUCUGCAAAACCAAUAUACACAAGUUUCGACAGCCUUGGCUGCGGAUGAGCAGGAGAAUGCUAGCCUAAAAGAGAAGAUCCGCCAGGCUAAUGCUGAAGUUGCCCAGCUUAAGCCGGUACUCGAGAAGGCGCGAUCUAGUGCGCGCCAACAGAAGGGUCUUGUUGCCAUUAACAAAAAGCAAUUGGCUACCGUCGAAGGCGAGCGGGACAAGCUCCAGGGUGAAAUUGACGAUCUGGCUCGUGAGACCCCACAGUAUUCUGAGGAGUCUGUGACGCCAGCCGGCAGCGUACCCGAGGUUACAAGCCCUGCUGCCUCUACGGCAAGCCAGAACACAAACCCGUUCUUCCGUCGAACAGGCAGCUCAAGUGAUCAGGCACGGUCCCCCGAUGUCUCAAAUGACCAGCAAAGGGCAUUUGAAAGUCUCUUCGGACAGUCAUUCGCAGCUGCUCCUGCUGCCGGGCCACCACCCACAUCGUUCCGCUCUGAGUCGCCACAAGUUGCGGUCACAUCCCCUGUUACGUCUGCUGUCACAACCCCAUCAGUCUCUCCGCCCCCUGGUUCUUUGCCUGGCGCAUUCCCUGUUGGGCCCUUCUCUGAGCCACCACCUGCGAGCCAGUCCCGACAGCUAACCCCAAACUUCCUGCAGUUCAAUGAUAGCCAGUCUGUGACUUCAUCUACUAUGGUCUCGCCUCCCGCUAGUCGAUUUGGUGGCCCUGAAGCUCCUGGCUUUGAUACGCCUUCUCAGGCGGCCACCAGUGACUUUGGGCCUCAGUCAGUGGCAGAGUCUAGUGACUACAGUCAUGCGCCAACCUCCUCAACUCUUGGAGGUACGCCAGCACGGUCUCCAUUUGAGGAGGAAGGCCAAGAGACCUCGGCUAAGUUCCCUGAAAUCCCAGCCGCAACUGCUCAGCAGCCCGAACCUGCAACAUCCCCCAUCGCUAAAGAGAGCGAGGUUGAAGCUAGCAAGGACCUAAGCUUUGAUGAGCUGUUUGGUAGCAAGGCACACAAACGGUCGGAAUCCCAGCAGGGUAACGACUUCGAGGAGGCGUUUGCUUCUAUGAAGCCUGUAUCUGGAGCUGAGCGGACAAAUGGAGCUGCAUCGGCUGGUGCAUCCGAAUUCCCCCCGAUCCAAGAGCUACACCAUGAUGACGAUGACGAUGAGAGCUCUGACGAUGAGGGCGCUUUUGGAUUCGAUGACAAUUUCACGCCUCCCGCACCAGUUGCCACAAAGGAGACCAAGCAGGAUUCCCUCGACGCCGCUCAAUUGGCUGCUUUCCCUGUCCCGGGAAGCACAAACAAACCCCCGUCUCCCGGGGAACAACAGAGCCCUCCAGAGUAUGAAGCCCAUAAAGCAGAUAACGUUCAUCUUCCUUCUCAGUUUAAUGGCCUUUUGCCCGAACGCGUCGACCCCACCGUGGCACCGGAUGCACCACAUUCAGUGGAGCACACCACUGGGGCGCCAGUCGUAAGCAAUGAGACUCAAAAAGACUCUAUCUCGGGUGCUGCCAUCCCCUCCGGUGGAGCGAAGGUGGGAGGACCGGACUUUGAGGCAGCCUUCGCGGGAAUGAACCUUGCACCGGCCGCCGAAGCAGAUGACGAUGAUGACGAUGAGCCGCUGAGCCAAGAAGCCAAGAACACGACCGACUUUGAUUUCUCUUUCGACUCCCCGUCCCAAAAACAGCAGGCUGUCUCCGGUGCCGAUGCUAGCCAAUCUAGCUCCUCUCAGUUCUUCGCUUUCGAUAACAACGUCCAUGCAUCCGCCGCCCCGCCUGUUGGAUCGCCCAACGAGGGAGAGACAAAACCCGCUUCGCAUGAAUGGGAUGCACUCUUUGCGCCUCUUAAUAACUCCAAGCCCGAUGCCGGCGAAGACUCGAACGGGGCGAAAUCCAAGGAGCCUGGAUGGGCUCUGAACAACGACACUGGCGAUGACCUGAUCCUUCAACGGCUGACCGGCAUGGGCUUCACACGGGAUGAGUCCUUGGAUGCCUUGGAGAAGUUUGACUACAAUCUUGAUAAGGCCGCGGACCACUUGACUUCGAAGACUUGA